UGUGGUGCUCUUGACCAGGACAGGAGCACUGGACAGACGGUGUCCCGCACCUCCACACACGCAACUCCGGACAAAGUGGAGUCUGGCCCUCGCCUCCUCGGUCUCAGUCCCGACACCCGACUCACACGCGCUCACUCUGAACCUACGCAAAGCUUGAGAUUUUUUUUCUUUAAAGAAAGUGGUUUAUAGAGGGAUAUCGGAAGCCCUUUAAACAUGACGGCUGUCGAGACGCAAGUGCAAUACAGCACCACCUACACGGUGGUGACGACGGAUGAUUACAUGACUCAGGAGGAGGACUGGGACAGGGACCUGCUGCUCGACCCUGCCUGGGAGAAACAGCAGAGGAAGACAUUCACAGCCUGGUGUAACUCUCACCUGCGGAAGGCUGGCACUCAGAUCGAGAAUAUCGAAGAGGACUUCAGAAAUGGCCUCAAGCUCAUGCUGCUGCUCGAGGUCAUCUCAGGUGAAAGAUUGCCCAAACCCGACAAGGGCAAGAUGCGAUUCCACAAAAUCGCCAACGUGAACAAGGCUCUGGAUUUCAUCUGCAGCAAGGGAGUCAAACUGGUGUCUAUUGGAGCUGAAGAGAUUGUUGAUGGUAACGUGAAAAUGACUCUUGGAAUGAUCUGGACCAUCAUCCUCCGUUUCGCUAUCCAGGACAUCUCAGUAGAAGAGACCUCUGCUAAAGAGGGCCUGUUGCUGUGGUGCCAGAGGAAGACUGCCCCCUACAGGAAUGUUAAUGUACAGAACUUCCACAUCAGCUGGAAGGAUGGCCUUGCUCUGUGCGCCCUCAUCCACAGGCACAGACCUGACCUCAUUGACUACUCCAAACUGAGAAAGGACGACCCCAUUGGAAACCUGAACACAGCAUUCGAGGUGGCUGAGAAAUACCUGGACAUCCCCAGAAUGUUGGACGCUGAAGAUAUUGUGAACACUCCUAAGCCUGAUGAGAAGGCCAUCAUGACCUACGUGUCCUGCUUCUAUCACGCCUUUGCUGGGGCUGAGCAGGCUGAAACUGCUGCUAACAGGAUUUGUAAAGUUCUGGCAGUGAACCAGGAGAAUGAGAGGCUGAUGGAGGAGUAUGAGAAACUGGCCAGUGAGUUGUUGGAGUGGAUCCGUCGGACGAUCCCAUGGCUGGAGAACCGUGUUGCGGAGCAGACCAUGCGUGCCAUGCAGCAGAAGCUGGAGGACUUCAGAGAUUACCGCCGUGUGCACAAGCCACCACGCGUGCAGGAAAAAUGCCAGCUGGAAAUCAACUUCAACACCCUGCAGACCAAACUGAGGCUCAGCAACAGACCCGCCUUCAUGCCCUCUGAAGGAAAGAUGGUUUCGGACAUUGCCAAUGCAUGGAAAGGCUUGGAGCAGGUUGAGAAAGGCUACGAGGAGUGGCUGCUGACUGAGAUCCGCCGUCUGGAGAGACUGGACCACCUGGCCGAGAAGUUCAAGCAGAAGUGCAAUCUCCAUGAGUCCUGGACUGCAGGAAAGGAAGACCUGCUGUCUCAGAAAGAUUAUGAAUCUGCAUCUCUGAUGGAGAUCAGGGCUCUUAUGAGGAAGCAUGAGGCAUUUGAGAGUGACCUCGCCGCCCACCAGGACAGAGUGGAGCAGAUCGCCGCUAUCGCCCAGGAGCUCAAUGAGCUGGAUUACCAUGAUGCUGCUACUGUGAACGCUCGCUGCCAGGCCAUCUGUGACCAGUGGGACAACCUGGGCACUCUGACCCAGAAGAGGAGAGAUGCUCUGGAGCGUGUGGAGAAACUGUGGGAAACUAUUGACCAGCUGUACCUGGAGUUCGCCAAGAGGGCGGCACCAUUUAACAACUGGAUGGAUGGAGCCAUGGAGGAUCUGCAGGACAUGUUCAUCGUGCACAGCAUUGAGGAGAUCCAGAGUCUGAUCACAGCUCAUGACCAGUUUAAGGCCACUCUCCCAGAGGCAGACAAAGAGCGUAUGGCCAUCAUGGGUAUCAUGAAUGAGAUCGUGAAGAUUGCUCAGACCUAUGGCAUCAAACUGUCUGGAAUCAAUCCAUACACCAGCCUCAGCCCUCAGGACAUCACCAACAAGUGGGAGACAGUGAAGCAGCUGGUGCCGCUCAGAGACCAGAUGCUUCAGGAGGAAGUUGCCAGACAGCAGGCCAACGAGAGACUGAGGCGGCAGUUUGCUGCCCAGGCCAAUAUCAUCGGACCCUGGAUUCAAACCAAGAUGGAGGAGAUCGGCCACGUGUCUGUGGACAUUGCCGGCUCUCUGGAGGAACAGAUGAACAACCUGAAGAAUUACGAGCAGAACAUUAUCAACUACAAAUCCAACAUCGACAAACUGGAGGGAGACCACCAGCUCAUCCAGGAGGCACUCAUCUUCGACAACAAGCACACAAACUACACCAUGGAGCAUAUUCGCGUGGGCUGGGAGCAGCUGCUCACCACCAUCGCCCGCACGAUCAACGAGGUGGAGAACCAGAUCCUGACCCGCGACGCCAAGGGCAUCAGCCAGGAGCAGCUCAACGAGUUCAGAGCCUCCUUCAACCACUUCGACAGGAAGAGAAACGGCAUGAUGGAUCCCGACGAUUUCCGUGCCUGUCUCAUCUCCAUGGGCUACGAUCUGGGUGAGGUGGAGUUUGCCCGCAUCAUGACUCUGGUGGAUCCCAACAACACGAAUGUAGUCACCUUCCAGGCUUUCAUCGACUUCAUGACCCGCGAGACAGCCGAGACGGACACAGCCGAGCAAGUGAUGGCCUCCUUCAAGAUCCUGGCUUCCGACAAGCCCUACAUCACGGUGGAGGAGUUGCGCAGGGAGCUUCCCCCAGAGCAGGCCGAGUACUGCAUCAGCCGCAUGACCAAGUACACCGGGCCGGACAUCCCUGCAGGCGCUCUCGACUACAUCUCCUUCUCCAGUGCCCUCUAUGGCGAGAGCGACUUAUAAAUGUCCCUCUUCUCUACUGUCAUUUAUCUCCUUUUUCUCUUGCUUUCCUCCUUUCUUUACCCUCUUGUCACUCUCCUUGUUUCUUGCCCUGAAUUCAUGAUCUAAGAAAGUGAUGUCAAAUGGCCCCACCUUCUUAAUCCCUCCCUUUCCUUUUCAUGUGUCCUGUGUGCAUAUAGCUUUAUUUCCCUCCUUUUUCCCCCUUUAAUCUUUUGCUGUAGUGUUUCAUAAGGAGAAAGCGCACAGCAGAAUCACCAGCUCUAAUGUAACACCUACAGUCUUAAUAUUUUCUCCCCAAUCCACUGUACGUGUUCAUUCAUGACUGGAGAUUUUAAUCUGUGAAACCUCCUUGUCAUCCUCCUCCCUGGACCUGUUCUUCCUUUCUAUUUUUCUCUCUCUCUUCCUCCUAAACUCAUUUAUGUGUGUGAGCUGUGAUCCUCCUCCCACGCCACCCCCAAGCCGCAGAGCCCCGAGCUAAAGGAAGAACGAAGGAAGAUGCUUUGCUUCUCUGGAAUCGUACACUUAAAGUCUGAUCAGGUUCAGAUUUUGAAUUAAAAAUUCAGUAUCACCAUAAAUACAAUCCAAAUGACGCAAUAAAGUCAUGUGACUUCCACAAAUCUCUAAUUCUGCUCCUGUGCCUCUAGUAUCUAAACUCCAUUGGUGCUGUCGCUGUGCCUCGCGCUGCUGAACUCACAUCAAUAAUGUAAUCUUCUCUAAGUCACACUCAGCAGAUUUUCAGAGCGAACCUCCUCCCAAGGUUAUAGUCUCUAAGCUUCACCUUACUUAAGAUGUAUUGAAGCAGUAAAAAUGUUUGUGGGCUCUCACAGUCUCAUGCUUUUGUCAUGUCUGUAGAAAUCAUUAUCACUUAUAUUUCUAUUUAGACUCUUCUUUUUUUGUAUGUCUUGAUUUGGUCAGUUCUCAAAUGUAUUUCCUGUGAAAGUGCAAAAAGAAAAUCAACUGUUAACCCCUUAAGCUCACUGAUUAUUAUUUAGAUAUUAUAUCUGAAUAAUUGCGCAGUUAUGAGAGUGAGAAAUCUGGGUUUGGGAAUUUUAAGGUGUUAACAGUAGUAAUUGAAUGCGGAGAUACUGGGGUGAAAAAUAUUUCUGAAUUCACAACAAAGGUGUACUCUAGGCCAGGUUAGAGAGCUGAAGAAAAUGCCAUGGUUACAGAUGGACAGAGAAAUCAAAGCAGUCAUUAAAUUAUUGUCAUAGCUCUAUCAACUCAUAGCUAAGUGCUCUACUUGCCUGGUCUGCCUGGUUCAUCGACAGAAUCCCCUGUUGAAUUAACACCUACAAUGAUCAGGAAUGCCACUGAGCAAGAGUGAUGUUGGAUUCUUUAUACAUUAAUCUUAAACAUUCUCAACUUUUUAUAUAACUCAGUGAAUUCUUAGGGAUUUACAAUUAUGAGAGCUCAGUGGUCGAACCCUGUAAACAUUGUCUGUGUUAAUUCACUACAUUUUCUGAGGAAUUAAAGGGACAGAAUUGAGGAGGCAGCAAAACAGAGAGAGAAGAAAUGUGUUUGAUCAAGUGAGAGAUUUUGGAAGGUCCUCAAUAAAAAAAAAAAAAGGAAGUAGGGUCUGAUAUAUCUGGCCCCAAGUGCAAGUGGAACUGUACUAGGCCUUAAAAUGCUAAUAAUCAUUCAGGAUCUGAGAUGAUGAUGGGGUAAAAUCUAGUACAGCAACUAAUCAGCCUUGUGCAGUCUUGGACUGUAAAUUUCAGGAGCUGCUGUGUGUGUAUGUCUCUGUGGCUGAAAACUCAGUCCUCUGAUCUUAGUUUGUCUGUCUGCGUCCCUCAACAUCCUCUCAUUCACCGCCAUGAUCACUCGCUUUCACCCUGCCACUGCUAAAUGAAAACCAAAAUCUCCCAAAUAAAACUUUUCAUUAAGUUUG